AUGGAUUUGCACGGAUUUUUUAUGAAAUUUUUACUAUUAUUUUGCAUUCCAUUAUUUGUUCUUAUCACGAUAGCAACUGGGAAAUCACAGCGUGCCCAACAGGGCCAACACAAAGUUCAACAUUCUAAAGUUCUUAUCUUGGGUGCAGGGAUGUCAGGGAUUACAGCAGCAAAAACUCUUCAUGAAAAUGGCGUUAAAGAUUUCACUAUAUUAGAAGGAUAUGAACGUAUUGGUGGCAGAAUGCGUAAGGCAGAAUUUGCUGAUACUAUUAUUGAACUGGGAGCUAAUUGGGUUCAAGGUCUGAAAAAUAACCCAAUAUGGGAACUUGCUCAGAAAUAUGGGCUAAAAGGGAAUUAUACUAUGGCAUAUCCACAACCAGGCUAUUAUAUUGUCAGAGAUGAACAUGGUCAUGAUGUAACCAAUGAAGAUAACCAUGACGGAAUGGCUAAAGCAUCAGAUGCACUUGAUGAAAUAGUUGAAGAAAGACGGAAGGCAGGUAUGCCCGAUAUUGAUGUCCGAACUGGGUUACGGCUCGCAGGCUGGCAGCCACAAAACCCUGCCCAGUCAUCUGCAGAGUAUUUUUACAUCGACUUUGAUGCUGGUGUCCGUCCACACUAUACUUCUGCUAGAGUUAAAUCAUUCACAAAUGGUAGCAUAGACUCUGUUGGGGGCAAACAGUUUUUUGUUUUCGACUCAAGAGGUUAUGCUGUCCUUGUCGAAGAAAUGGCCAAUAGCUUUCUUGAGCCAGAAGACCCUAGGUUACUUAUAAACCAAGUGGUUGACAAUAUUAAAUGGGACACCAAUGGCGUACAAGUCUCUACAAUUACAGGACAAAUAUACUCUGCUGAUUACCUCCUGAUGACGUUCAGUAUUGGCGUGUUAAAAAGUAAUGCUGUUCACUUUACCCCAGAUUUGCCAGCCAACAUUCUUGAACCAAUUUAUAAGAUUGAAAUGGCAGAUUAUAUUAAAAUAUUUUUAAAAUUUCCAAGCAAAUUUUGGGAUAGGAAACAGUACAUUUUGUAUGCUAGUCCGAGACGAGGGUAUUAUCCUGUGUGGCAAGAUCUGGAGGUAGAUGCUGGCUUACCGGAUGAAGGAUUAAAUAUUCUCAUUGUUACUAUAACAGGAGAAGAAGCAACUAGAGUUCAGUAUCAAAGUAAUGAGGAAACACAAGCAGAAAUCAUGACAGUUUUACGUAACGUUUAUGGCAAGGAUAUCCCAAAUCCUAUUGCGUUCAACUACCCAAGGUGGCAUCAUGACCCAUUGUUUUAUGGUUGCUAUUCUAACAAUCCAAUUGGUAUCUCACAUGAGGAUUACGUUGCAUUAGCCUCGAAUGUGUCAAGAAUGUAUUUUGCUGGUGAAGCAACUAAUGAGUUAUACAAUGGUUUUGUUCAUGGAGCUUAUUUCAGUGGACUGGAGAGAGCUGAGAAAAUGUUACAACAUAUUAAAGCUAAUGGAAACUUUAAAUUAAUUAAGUAGUUUUGUAAUUGGGCGAUGGUAAAGUAAUUGAAUCCGUUUUACAAAAUGGAAAAGACCAGGCACAUGACCCUGUUAUAUGUAAACUAGCCUGCAGGCUAUAUGUAAACAUUCAUCUGACACAAUCAUUUAAACAUUCUUUUAAAUACAACAAUGAUACCAUAUAUGAAAUGUUAUUAGAUUUCAAGCAAAUCCAACUAAAAUGACAUUGCAAUAUUAAUCAGGAUUAAGGGCCUGUUCAUAUGAUCCCGCUUACCGGGACGUCUCGCUUACCGAGACGAAUAUUUCCGUGCGUUCAUAUGGAGUAUUUCGUCCCGCUUGCCGAGAUGAAAUUACAUUGUAGUUCUAUAAUUAGCGUAUGCAAAACUUCUACAUUUCAGUCAAGCAACACAAAUACUUAGCGAUUUUAGUGUUU